CAGAGGCAAUUAUAGUGCACACGUCUCUUUUAACAUAAACAAGGAAAUAUAACUAUUCUGUGCAUCUGUUCAUCUGAGUCUACGCACAGUAAAAUGGCAGAAUCCAGCAUUUCAGUGGCUCAGGAUCAGUUCAGUUGUUCAAUUUGUCUGGAUCUACUGAAGGAAGCAGUGACCAUCCCCUGUGGACACAGUUACUGUAUGAGCUGUAUUUCAGGUUACUGGGAUCAGGAUGAUCAGAAGACAGUCUGCAGCUGCCCUCAGUGCAGACAGACCUUCAAUCCGAGACCUGCUUUAGGUAAAAACACCAUGCUGGCUGAAGUGGUGGAGAAACUCAAGAAGACAAACUUAGAAGCCGCUCAUCCUGCUCAAUGCUACGCUGAACCUGGAGAUGUGAAGUGUGACGUCUGUACUGGGAGAAAAUAUAAAGCCAUGAAGUCCUGCCUGGUGUGUCUGGAGUCUUAUUGCCAAACUCAUUUUGAGCGUCAUGAAGAAUUUCGCUCUGGCAAGCAACACAAAGUGACAGAUGCCAUUGGAGAAUUAAAAGAGAUGAUCUGCCCUCAUCAUGAUAAACUGCUAGAGAUUUUCUGUCGUACUGACCAGACCUGUAUAUGUUAUAUGUGUAUGUUGGAUGAACACAAAAGCCACGACACUGUAUCAGCUGCAACAGAGAGAACUGAGAAACAGAAACACUUGGUAGAAACACAGAAAAAAUUCCAGCAGAGAAUCCAGGAGCUUGAGGAGCUGAGAGAGACUGUAGAGUCUUACAAGCGCUCUGCACAGACAGCAGUGGAGGACAGUGAGAGGAUCUUUACUGAGCUGAUCCUCUCCAUUGAGAGAAGUCGGUCUGAGGUGACACAGAUGAUCAGAGAUCAAGAGAAGGCUGCAGUGAGUCAAGUUGAAGGACAACUGAAGGGACUGGAGCAGGAGAUUGAAGAUCUAAGGAGGAGAGAUGUUGAGCUGGAGAAGCUUUCACACACAGACAAUCACAUCCAUUUCCUCCAGAGUUUCCAAUCUCUCUCUGUUCCUCCUGGGUUUACAGAGUCACCAAAACUCAGUGUCAGUUCUCUUCCCUCUUUUGAUGAUGUUAGUAAAUCUGUGUGUGAUCUAAGAGAGAAACUGGUGAAUUUAUGCAGAGAGGAGAUAAUAAAGAUUUCUAAUCGAGGCAAAAAAACAGACAAACCUGCUUCCUCAGUGAGACACAACCAGAAAACUACUCCAGAAUAUAAGAGCAGGCAGGAGUUCCUAAAAUAUUUCCAGCGAUUCACUCUGGACCCAGACACAGCAUUUAAACAUCUUUAUCUGUCUGAAGGGAACAGAGUGCUAACUUUCGGCCAUAUACAGCCAUAUCCUAAUCAUCCAGAAAGAUUUGAUGCAUACGCUCAGGCGUUGUGUAGAGAGAGUGUAAGUGGACGCUCUUACUGGGAGGUUGGAUGGGCUGGAUAUAGAUGGCUGAGUAUAGGAGUGUCAUAUAAGAGCAUUGAUAGAAAGGGGGACAGUAAUGCAGUUAAACUUGGAAGUAAUAGUCAUUCCUGGUCUAUGAUGUGCUUUCUUGGCAACUGUAAUUUUUGGCACAAUGGUGGAAUAAUUUCGCUUCCUCCAAUCCCCUGGCCCUCUAGAAUAGGAGUGUAUGUGGAUCACGGUGCAGGAACUCUGUCUUUCUACCAUGUCACUAACAAAAUGAACCUCAUACACAGAGUCCACACCACAUUCACUCAGCCUCUCUAUCCUGCGUUCUGGAUAGAUCCUGGAGUAGGUGUGAGACUGCUUGAUGCUUAAUAAUUUUAGGGUUUGAGUUUCAGAUUAAUAUAAUGGUUAUAAAAUAGGAAUAGGAAUAACAGGCCGUCCAAACUGAGUCCUGGAGGCCCUGUGCCCUGCAGAGUUCAGCUCCAACCCUAUACACAAGCACACCUGAAUUAGUGAAUUAAGCUCCUACUAUGCAUGUUAGAAACUUCCAUGCUGGUUUGUUAAGGCAAGUUCGAGCUAAACUCUGCUGGACACCAGCCUGCCUGGACCAAGUUUGGACAGCCCUGACCUAAAAUAAUACACUAUGAUUGUGUAAGGUUGAUCAUUCUUUUACAUUAUUUGUUGAUAGUUAUUUAGCUGGUUAAAUAUUGGCCAAUAUAUCCUAUCUGAUAGACAAAAAUACUUACGUAAAGACAUAAUCGUGAACAUGCAUUUAAUAAAAAACAAAUGUAUUCUGUAUUUAAAAUGCAGAUGACUGCUGAUUACUAUUGUUUCCGAACGCUGUAUUUGUAUCUGUAUUUUCAUGUGAUCUUUUUGUGCUGACACUUGAUUUCAGUCAAAGCCAAACGCUUUCAAAACAAUUAUAGACCAAAAGAGUUUGCAAAAGAAUCAAAUAGUGAAAAAAACAUGGCUGACAUGUUGACCUUUUUUAGUGCCAAGCUAACUACAGGCUUGUUUGAGAUGUGCCUUACCUCGUCUGAAAUGUAGGCAAGAGUACGCAGCUGCAGUGAGGGCAGGACAUUUGUACUUUUUUGUAAUUUAUUUGAAUAAAUAAUCGCAAUGAAAUCAGGUAAAAAAAUAAAACAUUUUAGAAGAGAAUGCAGCAUCACAGUUGUCUGAACCAAUGAGCAUUAAGCUUGUGUCACCAGUCAGUCAUUACCCAGCAUGCUUUUGGUCAGCACAGUCGGUGAUGAAGUAUCUUUAUAUCCUCAUAUGCUAAUUGUGUUGUGUUUUUGUUUUUUGUUUUUUUUUCAUUUUUCUUCAUUUAUAAUCAUUUAUUUA